AUGUCUCUGUUCUUCUUCUCCCCACGUUUUCUCUUCUUCGCCACCAUCAUCCCCAUCCUCGUUUCCAUCGCUCUCUACCGACUCGACACCUUUGACCCAGCUCAUCUUCCCGCCGAAGCUUUAGCCUACUCCACUAACUCCAUCCCGCCGCUCUUCAACGACCGGUUUCUCACCGGCGCCGAUUUUAUCGGCGUCGGUCGUCUCAAUAGCCCCGAGGAUAUCGCAUAUCACCCAGACUCAGGUCUCAUCUAUACUGGCUGCGUGGAUGGAUGGGUGAAACGAGUCAAAGUUCACGACUCAGCUAAUGACUCGGUCGUAGAGGAUUGGGUCAAUACCGGCGGUAGACCGCUCGGAAUCGCUUUCGGACUCCACGGCGAGGUCAUCGUCGCAGACGCUUACAAGGGGCUGUUGAACAUAAGCGGUGACGGGAAGAAGACGGAAUUGUUGACGGAUGAAGCGGAAGGAGUGAGAUUCAGGAUCACCGAUGCAGUCACCGUUGGAGAUAACGGCGUUUUGUAUUUCACAGAUGCUUCUUACAAAUACAGUUUCCAUCAAUUCGCCUUUGCAAUAUUGGAAGGCAAGCCUCAUGGCCGUCUCCUGAGCUUUGACCCCACCACAGGAGUCACACGUGUCCUCCUCAGAGACCUUUACUUCGCAAAUGGCAUCUCCAUGUCUCCUGAUCAAUCCCAUCUCGUCUUCUGCGAAACCCCAAUAAGAAGAUGCAGCAAGUAUUACAUCAGUGAGGAGCGUGUGGAGGUAUUCAUUCAAGGCUUAACCGGUUAUCCGGAUAACAUCCGGUACGACGGAGAUGGACAUUACUGGAUUGCAAUGCCUUCGACGGUAACACCGUUGUGGAAGCUCGGGAUGAAGUAUCCUUUCUUGAGGAAACUCACAGCUAUGGCGGCUAAGUACGGCUUUGAUCCCAUGUUUAUGGAGAAUGCUGGCGUGUUGCAGGUGGAUUUGGAGGGGAAGCCCAUUGCGUUGUACCAUGAUCACAAAAGCUCUCACAUAACAAGUGGAGUCAAAAUUGGGAAUCAUCUUUAUUGUGGAAGCCUCUUGCAUUCACAUAUCAUGCGACUCGAUAUCCUGAAAUAUCCUGCACAGAAGAAGCUUUGA